GUCACUGCAGUGUGUGUGUGGUCUCUUAAUUAAUCAUGCAAUUACACAUUAGUGUUCCUUCAAUGCUAGACAUAAGAAAUCAGAUUGUUGGUGGUUUAAUUAAUGGAUAACUUUGUAUUUUUUCUAAACAAUGACGCCAUGUGCAGAACAUGUGAAGAGCCAUUCGUUUCACAUGGACAGAAGCUGUUGUGUUAAUUCGCGUCAUGCUCAUGUUGCAGUGUAAUUUGUCGAUUACUAAUUGAGACUGUGAACUUCCUGAACUUUUCUGUGUAAUCUCGUUCUCACUGGGUGUGGGUGUCAGUCUAUUGUAUUGAAGUAACAACAGGUUACUGCGCAUUUCAGCUCUUUGUUCUCUACAAGAUGGCAGCACAUUUUGUUGUGGAAAUUGUGCUGUUAUUUUCAUGGCUUCAAGUGAUCUUUUGUGUAGAGAAAGCAUUGCCAUAUCAAUCAGUUGUUACUGGUCCUCGAGGUCCCCCUGGUCCAGUCGGUCAGAGGGGCUUACCGGGACCACCAGGAAGGAUGAGGGGCUUACCCGGACCACCAGGAAGGAUGGGAGAUCCAGGUCUUGGUGGCCCACAAGGUCUUCGUGGUCGUGUUGGCCAACCAGGACAGAAGGGGUCGAUUGGGCUGCCAGGUGAAAAGGGUGUAUCUGGAGUGAAAGGCAAGGCUGGACGAAAGGGGGAAAAAGGCGACAUUGGAUUGCGAGGUGCUGUUGGAUUAAAAGGAGAACGAGGUGACGUAGGACAAAAAGGUGAAAAAGGAGUAGCCGGAGAAGUUGGUCGUAAAGGAUAUCAAGGCAUUCGAGGUCCAGUGGGUCCAAUAGGUUUGCGAGGAUUUAGAGGAUACAAAGGAGAGAAAGGCAUUCCUGGAUUAACUCCAUUUUCUGAAAUAAAGAGGCUAGAAAGUUUGGUAACAAGAUUAUACAAUGAACUAAAGGUUCCCAGGGUGUCUGUUGGUGAUGAAGCUGGUACAUGCAACAUGAGCACAUUAGGUUAUUUGUUCUACCACAAUACUAAUAAAUCUCUGCUGUUUUGUGAUUCUGAGCAUUGGGUUAAGAUCAUCAGUCUGAUAUCAUGGAAAUCAUACGAAUCUUGUUCUGCUGUUGAAUAUAAGAUCAACUCUAUUCAGUUUAUGCAGAAAGUCAAUUCUCGUUCACCUGUAAAGGUAUUAAAGGUUUAUUGUGAUUAUUCUGUGAUCUCUAGUGGGUGUGCACUUGUGUGGAAACACUCCUAUUUUCAAGUUGGAAAUCCAACUGAUGACAUGCGUACUUUCAGUUCAGUGGAUCGUCCAUGUACUGAUCUGUCUGAUGGUUGGUGUAAUGUGGGUAACAAGGAUAAUGUUCGUGGUAAUGUUCAAUUGACAGUUGCUUAUCACGAAGGAGAAGUUGUGUAUGCAUAUCGUGGUGAUCGUAAUUCUGAACUGGGAAAGUCAUGGCGUGGAGCAAUACUCAACAAUCCAGUCAAAAUUACAGAUCAUUGCACAAAUGGAAAUGGGAUUCCUCCAGAGCCAAGUAUUCGUUCAGAUGGAAUACCGGGAUUGACAUUUGACAAAUGGAAUCUUGGUGUAUACAUUGACAACUGUGAUACAGAUGCAUACAAGAGAAUGUCUGACUGUCGCUGGGUGAAUUGUCGAUUACCUUCAUCUAUCUCAACCAAAACACAUCAUGUGCAAAUGACAGUUGCUAUAUUUCUUUGUUGACUUUGCACACAGCACUGCAUAUGGAAUAGUUGCAUGUUGAUCUUGUUUGCAUUGUAUGAAAUGUAACAUCUAGUAUUGUGAACCUUGG